AUGUCACAAGGCCGGUUGCUAGACCUGGUCAAGACACAAUGUCGUAUCUUCUCACUCAACUUCAACCCGCAAAGGCUCCGCUUAGGAAAUAAGAUCCUCAGACAGCGACUUCGUGGCCCUGCGCUUGCAGCGUGGUAUCCCAAGCAGGAGGUUUCUUUUCGGGAUCUUCAAAAUACGUAUAAGCCUCUUGGCUUAACUACCUUUGAUGAAGCUGAAGAUGAUCGUGAGGAGGCUAUUCAAAUUGCAAAACUUCGAGGAAAGGGCCGACCUAAGAAGAAACGAACCGCUGCAGAAUCACGAUCGGCAAAGAAGAAGAAAUAG